CCACCCGCCUUCCACCAAACCAUCAUGCACUCCGACGGCAGCACCUUCACCCUUCGCUCCACCUCACCCCGCUCCCUCCUCAAACUCACAAAGGACUCCCGCAACCACGCCCUGUGGAAUCCGGCACUGAACGUCCUGGACGACCAGACGGGCGAGCUGGCGAAAUUCGAAAAGGCGUUUGGGGACUUUGAUCUGGAUAGUUUUGCGGAAUUCACGCCUGAUGCGAGUCAGGCGAAGAAGAGCAAGAAG